AUGAGUCAUUCAAGUAAAAGCACGUGCUGCCAAGACAACAAACAAAAGAACACCAAAUUAAAACAGGAGUCUACAAAUUCUAAAUACUAUUAUGUCCACUCUUGUCUUGGUUAUUUGGCAAAGAAAAAGAAAUAUUCUUUCAUUGUCUUUAACAAUAAAAGAACAAACUUUAAGAUGGCUUCACACUUUGAAAUUGCUAACAUCUUUGAUGAGAAGGGAAAAUUAGUCUACGACUCGAACAAAAAAUAUCUUGUUGAAAACUCAAACAUUGUCUUUGACUCUGAUGGAUUACCAAUAAAGAAAAGUUCAUUAAUCAAUACAUCAGAGUGUGUCACUAUAUCUGAAAGCAAAGGAGUUGAAGAAAUGAACAACAAUGACAACUUGCUGUAUUUAAUGAACUUCAUGAAUUACAAAAUCAAUUUUUUCUUCCCAUCAGAAAAACAGAAUAAAACACAAACACGGACAGCAAAAGAUACAAAGAAACUGUCAAGCAUCAGACUGUUACUUAUUCCGUCCUACAACAUCAAAAUAUCCAAUUUUGAAUUGAAAAGGAGACGUGAGACUGAAAAAGAUGACGGGAAAUGUGGUCUUCAGUUUUUUUCAAAAAGUUUCAAAACUAUGAAAAUCAAAAGCAAAACUCGUAAAGGCGACACGGCGAUAUUCUUAGGUAACGUCCCUCAGUCAUAUAACAAGCAAUACUCUAACAUCAAACGUGUGACACUUGAAGACUAUGAAAAGGAAAUUAUCAGUACCAAAAUGAACAUAAAUGUGAUGACGUCAUCAACUGAUUCAAUUGUAGACAAUGUGAUAAACAACGAAGAUAAGUCAAUGGACUGUGAUUAUGAAGUAAAGACAUAG